CUUGGAAUUGAAAGUAAUGGCGGCUUCUCCAGUCAUUGCUGUCUUAGUUCUAACUAUUGAAAUAAGCCUACAUUCAUAAUAUAGAUGGUUUCACUGAAUUGUAGAUUAUCUUGGUUUUAAUCUUUUAGUGUGGUGAUUACUUGAAAUGUGACUUCGGUCUGUCUCCGAGUAUUUAUUUUUCCAGAUACAUACAUUUCCAGAACGGCAAAGUGGAGUAGCAUGUCUAGUGACGAAGACAAGCCGCCGGCGCCGCCCGUGCGCCUCACCAGCAACCGCGCCGUCGACCGCGUGGACUCCGCCCCCUCCGUCGACAUGAGGCCGCUACCCAAAGAACCUGAUGACGGCAGUGACAGGAAAAAGAAAACAUUGAAGGCUAAAAUUAAGGGGUCGAAAAGCACCGCACACAAUGAUAACAAGCCUAACAUUAGCUAUCCAACCAAUUUCGAGCACACGGUCCAUGUGGGAUUUGACGCGGUUACUGGAGAAUUUACGGGGAUGCCGGAAGCAUGGGCGCGGCUGCUUAUGGCGUCGAACAUCAGCAAGCAGGAGCAGAAGAGCAACCCCCAGGCUGUGCUCGACGUGCUCAAAUGGUACGACGCGUCCGCCACGCAGCCGCCGCCCUCCAAGUACAUGACCUCUGCUCAGAUGCACACCACGCACUCAGGGUCAUCGGUAUCACGAGUGUCUUCCAGUAGUCCGUCGUCGUCGACCCCGACGGACACGGAGCACCCCGAGCCUCCGCCUCCGCCACCGUCUCGGCCCGAUCGCACAAAGAGUAUAUAUACGAAACCAAUCGAAGAGGAGGAGGCCCCGCCGCCGCGGCCUGUGCCGUCGCCGGCGUCUCCGCCGCACGUCCCGCAUGCUACCAUAACUGCACAUCCGCAGAUACCGAGCAGAGUGGAGGUGAGCCCGGCGCCGACGCCGCUGGACCGCAACAAGAACCCGGCGGCCGCGCCGGCGCCGCAGACGCCGCCCGCGCACGCGCCGCACCCGCCGCCCUCUAACGGCGCACAGACCAACACCGAUACAGGAAGAGCGACUGGACAGCAGCAGAGGAAAAAGAAAAUGACCGAUGAGGAGAUUUUAGAGAAGUUAAGAACGAUUGUUAGCGUUGGUGAUCCCAAUCGAAAAUAUACAAAAAUGGAAAAAAUUGGCCAAGGGGCAUCUGGCACUGUGUACACGGCCAUCGAAACAUCAACGGGCAUGGAAGUGGCCAUCAAGCAGAUGAACCUCAGCCAGCAGCCUAAGAAAGAACUCAUCAUCAACGAGAUCCUGGUGAUGCGGGAGAACAAACACAACAACGUUGUUAACUAUCUAGACAGUUAUUUGGUUAACGAGGAGUUGUGGGUGGUGAUGGAGUACCUGGCGGGCGGGUCGCUGACGGACGUGGUGACGGAGACGUGCAUGGACGAGGGGCAGAUCGCGGCCGUGUGCCGCGAGGUGCUGCAGGCGCUGCACUUCCUGCACACCAACCACGUCAUACACCGAGACAUCAAGUCCGACAACAUACUACUAGGCCUUGACGGACAAGUUAAGUUGACUGACUUCGGUUUUUGUGCGCAAAUAUCCCCCGAACAAAACAAACGAACGACGAUGGUGGGAACUCCUUACUGGAUGGCUCCUGAAGUUGUCACGAGAAAGCAAUAUGGACCAAAGGUGGACGUGUGGUCGUUAGGUAUUAUGGCUAUAGAGAUGAUCGAAGGAGAACCGCCUUAUCUGAAUGAAAAUCCUCUUCGAGCUCUGUACCUGAUCGCGACCAACGGGAAGCCGGACAUCAAGGACAAGGACAAGCUGAGUCCCGUGUUCCAGGACUUCCUCGACAAGUGCCUCGAGGUGGACGUCGACCGGCGCGCCACCGCGCUUGAUUUGUUAAAGCAUCCGUUUUUGAAGUUGGCCCGGCCUCUGGCGUCGCUAACGCCUGUGAUCAUGGCGGCGAAGGAAGCCGCCAAGGGGCAUUAGCGCAGGCCGCCGGCGGCCGCCGCUGCCGCGCCCGCGCGCCCCUAGCGCCCUCAGUGCCUGCUGCAUCCGAAACGAACGCUUCACACUAACUAACUACAACACACCUCAGCCACAGUACGAAUAUUACCCACUAAUUAAUACCUACAUUAACCUCUUUUCAUUUACAUGAAUUGAUCGUAUUUGUGAUAAACAUUCAGUACUUCCAGACAAUCACUUAGACUGAUAGCUAAAAUAUGCGUUUUUCACACGAUUAACGCUUUCGAUCACCUAGCUAAGACCUGUGUAGAAAAUAAUAGGAUAAUGUAUAGUCCACCUCCGUGAUACGUGAUACUAAAUAUGGUCUUCAUUCGUCGUAUAUAUUCAUGUAAUAAUUUGUUGCCACAUAUGGGAUGUGAACGUUGGCAUCACUUGUUAUGGCAGGUCAAGAGAUCGACGUAAGUGUAGGUACAUUCGUGUGAUAUCUGACCUGACAAUAAUAUGUUAUGCCGUAGUUUCACCCUCUCAUCUUGGUCAAUGAGAAAUUUUUCUCUUCACCAAAUAACGAGGAGUCAUCUUAAUGAACACUUGAAAUGUUUGACCCUCUUUUUUAAUGUUUUUGGGAUAAACAUAUAAAGUGAAUGCCGUGCAUUGUUAUUAUGUAUUAUGGGCAUUAUCAUUUCCCAUAUCUAUAGGGCUACGCAUUUUUUAAACAUGGUUAUUUAAUAAUUUCUGGAACAUAAGACUUCACUUCUAUAUGAUGUGAUGACAAGUAUGUUUAAUGUCUAAGUGUAGUGCAAAGAUUUAUUGAUUGUAAUAUUUGACAACCAGAAUUACCGCAUAAGGCACUGGUCCCACCGCGACCUAGUAAGCUAUGAGCUAUCGGCUAUAAACACGAACAAAAGAUAAGCACUCCCGUGUAAAUAAAAGAGACACGGCGAUAUUUAUAGCUCACCGCUGGGCGAGUAACUAUAAAUAUCGCCGUGUCUCUUUUAUUUACACGGGAGUGCUUAUCAUUUGUUCGUGUUUAUAGCCGAUAGCUCAUAGGUUACUAGCUCGCGGUGGGACCAGUGCCUAAUGUACGGGGCCGUACAGCGCCAUCUAUGUAUAUCAACUGUUUUAUUCAAAACAGGAAUUUGUCUUAGAGUUGACACAUCUUACUCAAUCAAAUUAAUCUUUGGUAACGUGGAAACCUAUGAGGGGUAUAAAUUGGCCACACGUUUUGUUAUGUACUUUUUUAGGUGAUAUGUGUAUUAUUUAAAGCGCUGCAACAUGAAAUUGUAUGGUUCUUUUACCACACUCACGAGUAAAUAACAUUUAUCUAAGGACUUAAAUAUCUACUUCACACCCACUGUUUUACAAAAGGCGGGUCUGACCAUCACUAUUCAUUUAGUAUUUUUACUUUUAAUUUGUUUUUAUUCUUUGCAAUAUCAAGGUAAAUGUCCUAAGGCUCGACAUGUUAAUGCCCAAUAGAUGACACCCUGCUGUCACAUCUAUUUGCAAUGUCUUAUGUUUAAAAAUGUUAUGUUCUGCGACAGUGACGAGCACUCGGACGUCUAAACGAGGAGCCCGUGCGGAUGAUACAGAUCGUGUUCCAUGAUAGCAAUAAAUAUAUAAAUAUAGUAUCACGAGAGUUGGUAUUUAACUGACUGAUGGAUGAAAUACUGGACAUUACGCGGCCAAUGUUCAGGACCGUCAGAGAAUGCCUAUUCGUUCCGUUCGAGUCCCGUAUACGAGCGAGUCUGUCGUUUAAUUAAGCUGUCGUCUAUCAGUAAAGUGAACACCUACGCUACAAGUGUCGUGGAAGGGUGCAGCUCGGCAGUCCCCCGCGUGCCCGACGUAUUAUAUCGCUCUUUCGCAAAACAACCAGGCAUUAUGUUAAAGAUGACGAUAGUUAGAGAGCAAUAUUAUAUCCGUAUAGUGGCUGCUGAAAAUAAAGUGAUCAUAUUUUUACAUGAAGAGAUUAAUUAAGAGUGCAGUCCAGUAAUUAAAGUAUUUAAGGAAUCCUAUGUAACGUAGCGGUGUUAUUUAUUAUUAAUUAGCGACGAUAUCUCUUAUUGACGUGUUUUUUUCAUCUGUGACGUCAUAUAGAGAUUGACUCUAGGACCGAUAGAAAUAGAUAGAUCUCUUAGAUAUUUUGACAUUACUAAU